ACCGAGCCCUGACCUGCUGCUCUGGCUAUGCUAAGGUUUCGCACCAACAUAUGUUCCGCAUAAAAUACAGUAAAUACUCGUUAUUUGUGAAAUGUACCGCGUUAAACGAGAGCGGUGUAGUCAUUAUGAAGGGUAACCAGUGUGGCAGCAGUGGUUCUCAUGAGCGGCGAUGAGUCUUUAGUUGCGCAUGUUUAUAUUUUAAGUUUACCUCAGCUAGCCUGGCGAGCUAACUUCAGCUUGUUUUCCAGCUAACCUGAAGUGAAACAGAAAGCGGAGCCACAUGAGUGCAAGCUCGCGGAAUUUAUCUGUGAUUAAACUCAGUCGAGCAGCAGCUUGACUCUGAUCAUCAUGGACUCCUGAAAGCUACAGGCUUCAGCGACUCCUCAGGUCGCUUGCGGUUGCUUUGGACCAGAGGUCGCCGUUCAGCCUACAACCUGCUUGACCUCCCAAGCAGAGGGAGCGAGCAGAUGGGGAACUGUUGCUGUAAAGCUGAGAAUCCCUGUGGAAGUGCGGAGGAAAGAAGUGGUUUGCUGGAAGAAGACCCAAAGGCCACGGUGCCCACAGCAGUGGGCAGUUGUGGUCCUGAAGGACAUGACACAAGGAAAAUGCAUGAUGAGGCCAGUGUGAAGGUGGAGGUAAAGGCUGAGGUUGUGGAUUUGAAGCAGAGUGCGGGGUUUGGAGAGACUGAGCCCAAUAACGCUCAGGAGAAUGGACCCUUGCAGAAGGAGGUCUCACAAACAGCAACGCCGUCUCCCAGAAAGGCCUCUGAACUCCCCACCAGAGCACAAGAUGAAGAUGUGAAGUUCCCUCAGGCAGUCAGUGGACAAGCUGAAGUUCUGCAAUGCACUUUAAACUGCCCGCAGACAGAGCACGCCACAGCUGACUGGGAGGUUUUUACAACAACAAAAGCGACACCAGAAGAAGAACGUCCUGCCCCAGCACAGGAGAAAAUCCCUGAUAGCAGCUCACUAACUAAUGAGGCAGUUUGUCCUGAAAACCACACUGAGACAAACACAAGAGAGAACGUUACACUGGACACUGCUCAUGAUAACGACGAACUGUCGGCUCCAGAAGUUACUAUUGACAACGCUGUAGCCGAGCCAUCAGGGGAGUUUUCUCAAAAUAAAGAAGUGUUAUCUGUGCCAAACACCCGGCUCGCUGCAGCAGUUUGUCAGAAGUGGUCCAUCUCUGCGUUCAGUGAGGAGAUCGACAAAGAGUCUCAGAGCCGUGCUGUGACAGAGGAUUCAGAAAACAGGAGUUGUUCAGCAUGCAAGCCUGCCGGUCCUGAAGUCAUAAAAAGCCACGAUGUCUCCGAGUCUUCUCCAGAUUCAGAGCCCACGGGACUCGACCACAGCGGUGAGGAUCGACACGCCGCCAACUCUGUAAAGGAGCCAGAGACCACAGCUCCGGCAGACGCCAGUGUGAGCUCAAAGUCCGAUCACGAUGCAAAGCAGGAUCCCGAAUGUGCAACUACGAGGUUGAAGGAGGUCACUUCCUUGGAGAACACCAAACAGGAUAUUGGGGAGGAAAUUAUACUGAAAGGGCAGGACAAAGAUGGAGAUGUUCCCAAAGCGAAGCAGGGUGAUGAGAUGAAGGAGGAGGGGGAGAACGCUUCCACCGACGCUCAGGCUGGGAAAGAUGCUGAGAUUCAGGAGGUAACUGGAAGAGAGGAGGAGCCGGCAGGGAGCCCAUCUGCUGACGUAAAGGCCGAUGUUACAGAGAAGGAAGACUCUGCUCAAGGUGGCCUGAGGAACAGUGAAGAAGACUUGUACAGAGGAGCUGAGGAGCUCUCAGCAUCACAAGAAAAUAAACCAGGACCACCGGCUGUGCUAGAAACUACACAUUUAAAGGUGGAGGACAGAUGCAGUCUGGCCCCGGCGAUGGAUAUUCUGUCUUACAGUGAGAGAGAGUGGAAAGGAAAUACCGCCAAAAGUGCGCUCAUCAGAAAGGGUUAUAAAGAGAUGUCCCAGAGGUUUGGCAGCUUGAGGAGAGUGAGGGGCGACAACUACUGUGCCCUCAGAGCCACGCUGUUCCAGGUGCUCUCCCACAGCACCCAGCUGCCCGCAUGGCUGCAGGAGGAGGACAUCACUGAGCUUCCGGAGCAACUGGAGGCCCAGGAAGGUCUGAUAAGUCAGUGGACAUUUCCUGGAGAGUGCCUGCAGGGAGAUGGGACUGCAGAUACCACCCUGCAGCUAAAAGGCUACAUGGAGCUUCUCCGAAAUAAGUGGCAGGCAGCAGUGGACUGCUCCUCCGCUGUGGAGCGGCAGCAGCUGUGCGAGCAAGUGUUUCAGGGAGGAGAAGAGGAGCUGGGGCUGCUGGAGGCGCUCAAGCUGCUGAUGCUGGGCCGAGCGGUGGAGCUGCACAGCUGCAUGCAGGGCGGCGGUGACGUCCCGCUCUUCUGCUGGCUGCUGUUUGCUCGAGACUCAUCCGUCUGCCCACGCUCCUUCCUCUCCAACCACCUCCGCCACGUGGGCCUCAGCGCCGGGCUGGAGCAGGUGGAGAUGUUCCUGCUGGGCUACGCCUUGCAGCGCACCAUUCAAGUUUACAGACUGUACAAGGCUGACACAGAGGAGUUUGUCACCUACUACCCAGACGACCAUAAGGACGACUGGCCGUCCGUGUGCCUCGUCACAGAGGAUGACCGCCACUACAACGUGCCGGUUGUAGAAUCUGCAGAACUGCAUAAGGAGCUCAACUCGAGCUGAUCGCCAGUGCAGAGAAAUCUGCCAUACAAACAAAACACUCCUCAGGUUGAUCAAGAAGUAAUAGAUUUACGCCAAUUAAAGAAAUCGUUGGACAUUUAGGGAAAUGUGCUUUCGUGCUGAGAGUAAGAUGAGAUGAUUGAUAAAUAUGACGCUAUAGCAAACCGCUGUUUAGCUUAGCACAAAUAGUGCAAACAUGGAAAAAGCUACUUUCCAGCACCUCUAAGGCUCAGUAAUUACAAAUUAUUUCUUGUUUGCUUAAUUUGAGCAAAAACUGUGGAAAAAUGACACGUGGUUUUACGGACUAUUUCUUGGCGGCGCGCAGUCACUUCCUGCAGUCUUGUUGUCACGAUGAGGAUAAACAAACAAGAUAUAAUGCGUUAAUUAUUGGGCUUUACAAGUACUGAUAGGUAUAUUUUAAUACCUUUGGACAGAACCAAGCUAGCUGUUUUACCGCUGUUGGCAGUAUCUGGCUAAACUGGUGCUAGCUUCAUAUUUAGAGUAGAGACAUUUCAGUGGUGUUGAUCUUCAUAUCCAACUCACAGCAAGAAAGCAAAUAUAUCCCCAAAUCUCAAUCUAUUUCUUUAAAAAAUAUAUAUGCUGAUUUGAGACCCUGUACAAGAUGUGAUUUACACACUUCUGUACACACUGUACUGUAUACAGUUUUCUAUUUGGGUACGUGUACAUAUGUGCAUCUGAUACUGUGGGAUUAUCUGAGUUUGGUUCAAAUUAGUCUGCAGGGUGUCAUUUUGACUCCUGACCAACCUUUUAUGUACAGCGCCAAAAUGAUUAGGUGGUCAGUGUUUAUACUGGAAUUUGGGCACUUUGAUUUGUGUGUUAAUUUAUUCUUUUUCAUUAUUUAAAAAAAAAAAAAAGCAUUUAAGUGUGACAGUCGUUAGUGAAACGACUGAAUUAGUCAAUGAAGGGUUUGAUGAUUUAUCAGGUUCAACAACAGCUCACACCAGAUGACGAUCGGAGGACUUGGAGGAUUAAUCGCAGCCUCUGUGUCAGAGGUUUUUGUGAUGGUCUGUGUGUAUAUGUUUGCAACUGUGUGUGCGUAUGUGUCAAACUCAAUGUGUAACAUGUUGCCUUUAACCAAGCUGUUCUGAGGGGGGAAAAAAAUGUGCCAAUGUUGCUGCAAAUACUGGCAACAGUCCCAAACACCAGCCACUGGAAUUCAGUAGUAAACACUCGCUUGGUCCUCCAUGUUGCCUUAGAAAUAAUGCACAAUAAGAAUGAAUGUUGGUUAUUAGUGGUAAGAGGCCAUUUCCUUGCCCUAAUUCCAGAGUAGGUGAAGGUGAUACGGUAACAGUAAAACAUUGUGCCAUUUGCAGAAGUGUUCUUGCACUGUCAGAUUUUUGGAUUUAGAUACAAUGAAAGUACAAUUUUUGAUGGUUGAUUCAUUUUAUCAACUUGAUACUGAACUGAUGGAAGUUUCAGAAGUUGCGCUACAGAAAAUGACAUGACGUCUGUAAAACAUGGUUGAAUACAAUGGAUUUUCCUAAA